CUGGUACCACAGACAGUCCAGCGGCUGCUACAGCGUCGCUGUGCUGGGGAGGACGCUGUUCACAGAGCUGAAGAUGGCGACUGUACGGAGGCUGCAGAGAAACCUCCGGAGCUGAUACCGGGGGAAGGAGAGGAAACAUAUAUACUCACAGCCCGUAAAGACUACGUUCAAAACAACGACAACAAUGUCCCGCUCCCCUGACAAUGAGGAUGGAUGUUUUGUUGCUAUGGAUACAGAGGAGGACAGUGCAGAGCCUGCUGGAAUAACAGAUGAAGUGGAGGCAAAGAUGGGGUCCUGUCGACAAGAUGGGAACAUGGACAGUGGUGCCAAAGGUGAAGGGAGAACAAUGGUGGAGCUGCCAGAGGAAGUUCUUGAAUAUAUUCUCUCCUUCCUCUCACCUUACCAGGAGCACAAGACUGCUGCACUUGUUUGUAAACAGUGGUAUCGUCUAAUUAAAGGUGUUGCUUAUCAGUGCUACCAUGGUUUCUUGCGAGCUGUGCAGGAGGGAAAUAUCCAGUGGGAAAGUCGAACUUACCCAUAUCCAGGAACCCCCAUCACCCAGCGCUUCUCACAUAGUGCAUGUUAUUAUGACUCCAACCAGUCCAUGUAUGUAUUUGGGGGCUGCACUCAGAGUAGCUGCAAUGCUGCCUUCAAUGAUCUAUGGAGACUUGACCUCAACAGCAAGGAGUGGAUCCGCCCUUUAGCCUCAGGCUCUUAUCCAUCUCCUAAAGCUGGAGCAACUCUAGUGAUGCACAAAGAUCUGUUAGUGCUUUUUGGGGGAUGGACUCGCCCCAGCCCAUAUCCACUGCACCAACCAGAGAGGUUUUUUGAUGAAAUCCAUACCUACUCUCCCUCAAAGAACUGGUGGAACUGUAUAGUGACAACACAUGGACCUCCUCCUAUGGCCGGUCACUCUUCCUCUGUAAUAGGAAACACCAUGGUGGUGUUUGGGGGAUCACUAGGAGCACGCCAAAUGAGUAAUGAAGUCUGGGUUUUGGAUCUGGAGCAGUGGUCCUGGUCCAAGCCACCCAUAUCAGGCCCUUCUCCCCACCCACGUGGAGGCCAAUCACAAAUUGUGAUUGAUGAUCAGACUUUGCUCAUUUUGGGAGGCUGUGGUGGUCCUAAUGCACUUCUAAAAGAUGCCUGGCUGCUCCACAUGGAUUCUCCUCCAUGGAGGUGGCAGCAGCUGCAGGUAGAUAAUGAAGACCACGGGGCCCCGGAGCUGUGGUGUCACCCAGCUUGUAGAGUGGGCCAGUGCGUGGUGGUUUUCUCACAGGCUCCAUCAGGCCGUGCACCCCUCAGCCCAAGUCUUAACUCUCGGCCCUCCCCCAUAAGUGCCACUCCUGCCCCUCUGGGCCCUGAACCUCCCUCCCUGCGCUCUCAGUCUCCUGUACGAAGUGGGGCUGCUGGUGUUGUCCUGGGAGCUGUUGAAGAAGCCCCAUGUGUAAAUGGUCGAUGGGGCACGCUGAGACCUCGGCCCUCAGCUAGAGGAAGUGCCAGAGAUGGAAGCCCAUCUUCAUCCCAACAGCAGUCUCCUUCACAAGGCCCAGACAGCCCUCCUAUUCAUCCCCUCCCACCGUUAUUAAACGGAUCCUCUCCUUCACCCAGGACCAGUCCAGCCCAGGCUGCAUCUCCUCCCUCUCGUCCUCACCCACCUGCCUCCACAGACUAUGGCUGGGAGUCCCCCCCUUCUGCCACUCACCACCCAGAGGUGCCCAGCACCAAUGGCCUGCAUACUCCCCCUUCAGGCUCUCCUCGCACUCCACCAGGAGCAGUAUCCCCUGCUGCCUUAAGAAGAGGUCUAGAGGCAGUGAAAAACAAAUCUUCCUCAUCAUUACCAUCUUCGUCUUCUUCAUCUUCCCUUCAAACACAGGGGGCUUCUUCGGCAGGAGGAAGCAGUGUAGGAGGAGGAGUAGGCCCUCCUGGAACCCCUCCUUCAUCAUCCUCCAGCCCCCCACAGGCUGCAGGAGCUGAUGGACAUGCUAUCCCACCCAUUGCACGGCGUCUCGGCCAUCACCCACCUCAGAGCCUGAACGUGGGGAAACCCCUGUACCAGUCCCUCAACUGUAAGCCAAUGCAGAUGUACGUACUGGACGUGUCGCGGGCCAAAUCUGCAGGGGUGGUGUCCUGGAGAGUUUACGGCAAUGGGACCCCUGCUGCUGUCACAGGGCCCCCAGAGACCAGCCUUCACACAGUGGUACAGGGCCGGGGAGAGCUCAUCAUUUUUGGGGGCCUCAUGGACAAAAAACAGAAUGUGAAGUAUUACCCUAAAACCAACGCCUUGUACUUUGUACGUGCUAAAAGGUAAUGCAGCUCCAGGCAGGAUCGAUCAGACUGACGCUCCACCGUGUGAUCACACGAGGGAUUUGACACAAAAGGCCUUUUUCCUAUACAGAGGAUUGUGGGAAAAGAACAUAAUCAAAGUUAGAUGUUCCACUUCAGAAUUCACUAUUCUCCCUUCUGCCUACUGCAAGCUUUCAAAAUAAAACACUUUAACUACACUUUGAUAAAAUUGUUUGGUUGAAUGAGAAUCCUGACUGUGUGUGUGUGCAUGUGUGUUUGUGAGUGCCGUUGUUAAAGAGAGCAGGACAGUUUUUUGUUCUGUAAAGGUGAUCAACCAAACAUCAUUUCUGUUUUUUUCUUUGUCUGCCUCCUCUGAACUUUUUAGAGAGAGGAACUCGUGAAGAAUGGACCCAGUGACAGGAGCAGUUGAAGACUACCUUGCUUUUUGUAUCACUCUUUAAGCCUGCAAUGUUUACAUUGAUAAUGGUGUGAGUGUGGCUGUGUGUUAUGUGUGCACGGUGAUGGUUAUGUUGUUGACUAAUGUGUGUCGGGGGCCAUGGUGAGUGAGAGAUGUGGCACUGUACUAUAAACAUAGUUGAACAAUAAAGGCCUCCAUGUUU